AUGGUGAAAAAUACGGCAUGGAAUGCAGUAGUCGCCGGUGGGCGAAACUCCGACAACCCUGGCGAAGGAGGUCAAAACCAACCGCCGUCAUGCUUCAAACUUAAUGGCUAUCCAGAGUGGUUUAAAUUGUUGAAAGAAGAAAGGGCAAAACUAGGUGGAAAAUCAGUGGCAAACUCAGUUAAGACUGAAGGAAUAGGCAAAGGUACAGUUGCACCUGAAGAAAGGAAUGAGCUACCACUCCAGGAUAUAUCAAAUUUGAUAAAACAGGAAAUAGCCAAGUAUAUGGGAUCAGGAAGUGGACAAAAGGUGAAUGGAGGAGACAAUUAUGCACAUUUUGUGGAAUUUGCAGGGAAACCAGGCCAGGUGUGUCACUUAAAGAAGAGCCUCUACGGGUUGAAACAAGCAUCACGGGAGUGGAAUGCUGAAUUUUGUGCAAAAUUGUUGGCUUUUGGUUUUGUGCAAUCAGCACAUGAUCACUGCCUAUUUGUGAAAAACGAUGCACAUGGUUUUAUGGCUUUAAUCAUUUAUGUUGAUGAUAUACUUUUAACCGGUUCACAUGUUGAGGCCUUGGAGCACGUCAAAGUAUAUUUGGAUGGCUUGUUUACAAUCAAGGACCUAGGUGACGCAAAGUAUUUUCUGGGGGUUGAGUUAGUCAGAGGACACGAAGGGAUAUAUUUGAAUCAAAUAAAGUAUGUGAUGGACAUUCUCAAAGAUACGGGGAUGGUUGAUUGCAAAGCUGUCUCCACACCUUUUCCCAAUGGCCUGAAGUUAUUUUCUGGUCAUGGUGAUACUCUACACGAUCCAGAUCAAUAUAGAAGAUUGGUAGGCCGACUGCUUUAUCUUAAUAUGACAAGGGCUGAUAUUACUUAUGCUGUUCAACAACUAAGUCAAUUUGUGGGUUCUCCUUGCUCUAGUCAUUGGGAUGCAGCCCUUCAUGUUGUUCGGUAUCUCAAAGGCCAGCCUUCUCUUGGUCUUUUUUAUCCUUCUUGUGCUCUUUCUACUCUCAGUGCUUAUAGUGAUGCUGAUUGGGGGUCUUGCCCAGAUAGUAGAAGGUCUUUGACUGGUUAUUGUGUUUUCUUUGGCAAAUCCCUUAUUGCUUGGAAAACAAAGAAGCAGGUCAUGGUUUCUCGGUCCUCAGCUGAGGCCGAGUGUAGAGCUCUUGGCAGUACUGUUUGUGAGCUCAAAUGGUUGUCUUACCUUCUUCAUGACUUACGGAUUACUUUUACUACUCCUGUGCCUCUUUGGUGUGACAAUCAGGCCGUCCUUUAUAUUGUUGCCAAUCCGGUUUUUCACGAGGGAACAAAACAUCUAGAAAUUUAUUGCCAUUUGGUUCGUGAUGAGUUUAAAGCUGGCUUUGUGAAGCCCCUCAAGAUGUCUUCUACCUUGCAGUUAGCCGACAUUUUUACUAAGCCCUUGGGGCCUUCUGUUUUCUUUUCUUUGAGGUUCAAGCUUGGUCUUGCUGAUGUUCAUCAAGUACCAGCUUGA